AUGGGAGCUUGGGCUGCAGUUGCAGCUCGUGCACUGAACCGGCCAGUUACGGUCGUGCUCAAACGAUUCGAAGACAUGGUCAUCACCGGAAAACUUGGCAUAGACACAAAUGGAAUACUGCGUUGUGCAUAUCUCAGAGUGUAUCUUGACGCAGGCUAUGCUAUCGAUGCAUCACAUUUGGUUACUUAUUUAUCCACCGCACUGUCUGAUACAUGUUAUUGUAUUCCAGUAAUGAGAGCUGAAGGGUACGCAUUGAAAACGAAUAAGUCGAACAAUACUACUAUGAGGUAA